AACUUCGUGAGAUUUGGGUGGAUCCAGAGUAUGUGAAGAAAAGGGAGAAGGGAAAGAUGAACCGCUCCUCUAGCGCUGGUGGGACCACUCAUACUGGCGGCUCUAUUUCACACUCAGAGCAUUAUAAGAGAUUGCUAGAAGAAUUAGGUCGGGAACCCACCAGUAUUGAGCUCUUUCUUCGUACCCAUCAGAAAAAGGGUACGCAAGAUCUCGUCGAUACACGAGCAACAAAAGCUGUGAUGACUACAAUAGGUUGAUGGCUUCUCGAUCAUUGAGCUCUGAUGCUGGUAGCGAGACAGCUUUUCAGCCAGCGGAUGAGACUUCAAUAUUCAUAGAGGCGGUUGGGGGGUACAACAAGAAAGGUCGUGUUUACGGUCUUGGAUCAGAGUCGCGUCGUUUGCGCUACUCAUCAUCUCCCUCCUUCGGAUCACAGUCUCAGUAUAGCCAGCAGGAGAUGGAGGAGCGCGUGGCUCGGAUGAACGCCGAGUUACAUGAGCAACUUUUAGAUCAGCGACAUACGAUUGUUAACUUGGAGCAACGGUUAGAGUCACAAGACCAGAGGAUGAUUGAACAAGAAAAAAAGAUGCUUGCACAAAGUCAGAUGAUGCAGAAUAUAUGUGCUCAGUUUGCUAUGCAAACCCCUGGUGUUGGCCCCGUCGAUGACCGCGAUAAUAAUGAUGAUGCUGUGGAUGAUGAUGAGGAUGAUGACGAUGAAGAUGAAGAUGAGGAUGAGAAUGAGAUUCUCGGGUAGUUGAAUUUGUUUUGUUCAGCCUAAGUGGUUGAAUUUGUUUUGUUUUUGUUCAACCUGGUUGGUUGAAUUUAUUUUGUUAUACCUGUUUUAAUUUAAGAUAAUUGACAAUCUGUUAUGGAGAUA